AAAAUAAAGAAAACAAGUGAAACUAUCAUCAAAGAACAAAGAUUCAAUAGAGAGAGAGAUAUUUCAUUUCCAGUUCCUGUUUCAAAACAGAACACAAACUUGGCCUCAAUGGCUAAGAACAACAACAUCCACAAUCACCUCUUACUCUUAUCAUUUUUGUCCCUUCUUUUCUCAAUCCAUGCUAAACUCACCCUUCACCCUUCAGACACAAAAGCUCUUUCAACUCUACAAAACAACCUAGGACUCAACCUUGAUACUACUACAAACAACCUAUGUAACAAGGAAGGUGUGUUCUGUGAGAGAAGACUCACCAACAAUGAAAGCUAUGCACUCAGAGUAACAAAACUUGUUUUCAAAUCAAGAAAACUCAGUGGCAUACUUUCACCAACCAUUGGAAAACUCACAGAGCUGAAAGAAAUCUCUCUUUCAGACAACAAACUCGUUGACCAAAUACCAACCUCUAUAGUUGACUGCAGAAAGCUUGAGUUUCUGAACCUUGCUAAUAAUCUUUUCUCUGGUGAAGUUCCUUCUGAAUUCUCUUCUCUCAUUCGUCUUCGCUUUCUUGAUAUCUCUGGAAAUAAACUUUCUGGAAACUUGAAUUUCCUUAGGUAUUUUCCCAAUCUGGAAACUCUUUCUGUUGCAGACAAUCACUUCACAGGAAGAGUUCCAGUUUCGGUUCGUUCUUUUCGCAAUCUUAGACACUUUAACUUCUCCGGUAACCGGUUCCUUGAAGGCGUGCCAUUGAAUCAGAAGCUUCUUGGAUAUGAAGAUACUGAUAAUACUGCUCCCAAACGCUAUAUUCUUGCUGAGACUAAUAAUUCAAGUCAAACAAGGCCUCAUAGGAGUCAUUCCCCAGGAGCUGCUCCAGCUCCUGCUCCAGCUGCUCCUCUCCACAAACAUAAGAAGAGUAGGAGGAAGCUAGCUGGAUGGAUUCUUGGGUUUGUUGCUGGAGCAUUUGCUGGGAUACUUUCUGGUUUUGUGUUUUCUUUGCUGUUUAAAUUGGCUUUGAUUUUGAUCAAAGGAAAAGGAAAGGGUUCUGGACCUGCAAUUUAUAGUUCUUUGAUUAAGAAAGCUGAGGAUUUAGCUUUCUUGGAGAAAGAAGAUGGUUUAGCUUCGUUGGAAAAAAUUGGACAAGGUGGAUGUGGUGAGGUUUACAAAGCUGAAUUACCAGGAAGUAAUGGAAAAAUGAUUGCCAUUAAGAAGAUUAUUCAGCCACCGAAGGAUGCAGCUGAGUUGGCUGAAGAAGAUAGUAAGCUUUUGCAUAAGAAGAUGCGACAAAUUAAGUCGGAGAUUGACACAGUCGGUCAGAUUCGUCAUCGUAACCUUUUGCCGUUGUUGGCUCAUAUUUCUAGACCUGAUUGUCAUUAUCUUGUGUACGAGUUCAUGAAGAAUGGAAGUUUGCAGGAUAUGUUGCACAAAGUUGAAAGAGGUGAAGCAGAGUUGGAUUGGUUGGCAAGGCAUAAGAUUGCACUUGGUAUUGCGGCUGGUCUUGAAUACCUUCAUACAAGCCAUAGUCCGCGUAUAAUUCAUCGAGAUCUCAAGCCUGCAAACGUUCUUCUUGAUGAUGAAAUGGAAGCUAGGAUUGCGGAUUUUGGUCUUGCAAAAGCUAUGCCUGAUGCACAGACGCAUAUCACCACUUCGAACGUGGCUGGUACGGUGGGAUAUAUCGCACCUGAGUAUCAUCAGAUACUCAAAUUCAAUGACAAGUGUGACAUAUAUAGCUUUGGUGUUAUGCUUGGUGUCUUGGUGAUUGGAAAGCUUCCUUCUGAUGAUUUCUUUACGAACACAGAUGAGAUGAGUUUGGUCAAGUGGAUGAGAAAUGUGAUGACUUCGGAAAAUCCUAAGGAAGCAAUUGAUGCAAGGCUCUUAGGUAAUGGUUUUGAGGAACAAAUGCUUUUGGUUUUGAAGAUUGCUUCCUUUUGCACCAUGGAUAAUCCUAAGGAGAGGCCUGAUGCUAAGAAUGUUAGGAUUAUGUUGUACCAAAUCAAGCACUAGUCAAUUUGAUGAAUAUAUGAAAUAAAAUGUGUGAUUAAGUGUCUGUUCAGUAGUAUCAAUGUAUUACCAAAUGAUAGGUGUUGUUAAAGGUUAAAAAAACCAUUAUAAUAGUGUUGCAUUCAUUACAACAUGCUGAAUUUCAAGACAAGAAAAAGUAAGAUAGAGAGAAAUUUUCAGCGUUGUGAUGAUUUAUGUUUAAUUGAAUCUGUAACUAUCUGGUUGCAAUAUGUUUCUGUAUUGAUCAAGAAAAUAAAAUCCACCUAUGUUGUAACCAUAAUUUCAUUCUUAGUAUUGUUAUUGAUAAGCAUUUCAUUAA